AUGGCCUCAGACUUGGAGGAUGACCUUGAAUUCACGAACUCAUCCUCCAACCCCCACUGCGAGAAAAGGCCUCCGGCCGCCAAUCAACACAGCCCAGAGUACUCACUGCACGCAGCCCGAGAGGCUACGGUCUCACUCGGCUCCCAGUCUCGACCUGUGAACUCGCAGGUCCGCUCGGAGAACCCGGGUUCGCUGGGCAUGGGGAUUGGUGACAAUGUCGACCAGCAUCCUGCAGAUACAGUGCCCGGGGCUCGGUUCUUCGCCUCGCUUCGUGCGCUCGUUGUGGGGGCUCCCGGACUCGCCCUGUGUUCACUGUCUGGCCAGGUGAACCUUCUGGAGCCUAAGGCUCGAUGCUUCCGUCCCGGAGCCUUUAAAAAGGGUGCGUUUGGAAGGAUCCGAGCCUACCCAGAGCUUCCUUCCAAUCCGUGCAAUUUCAGGUCUCCGCGUUGGUAUAUUCCUAUACCGGCUAAUUCUGGUUUGGCAGGGGGAAAAAAAUCUGCGGGCUCCUCACAGGCACACUCUUGUGGCCGGUUGAAGUUUAUCGCCUUGGCUGAGAUUCGUCAAUGCUGUGCACAUUUUGCGACCAUAGGAAAUGUCCAGAAAUCUCAGGAGGGAAGUAACGAAUCAGACCGUCAUCUGAGUCUCAGCCAAAAAGAGAGCAGUUUGAAGAGUGAUUUCAACACUCGUAGUCACUUUGGACUCAAAAAUCGCUCAUCUUUGUCCCAGUCUGGGUACUACGUCUUCCCAUCUUUCUGAAGUACCUGUAUUUACACCCAUAGGCAGGCAACAUAUUACUUUGUGCCCUUGGAGAGUUUUUAGUAUUUUGUUAAAUACAUGAAACAAACAUUCUUUUACCUAACCUGACCGGCUCUGUUUGUUCCUCUCAUUGUUGCUAUAAACUACCACAAACAUAGUGACUGAAAGCAGCACGAAUUCAUUAUUUUACCGUUCUGGCAGCCAGAACCUGAAAUGGGCCUCACCGGACUAAGAGUCAGCGCGUUGGCACACUGAAGGCUGUGUUCUUCCUGGCAGCUCUAGCUGAACCACCAGCUUCUGCACGCUGCCCACACGCCUUGGCCGGCAGCCACUUCCUCAUCUUCAAAACCAUCGACAUUGCAUCAUCCCGUCUGUCUUGGGUGCUCAGGGCACACUUUCUCCAUUGUUUGCUUUUCUCUUCCCUUUUAACUUAAAUUAUUUCAAACAUGGUGUGUGUGUGUGUGUGUGUGUGUGUGUGUGUGUGUGUGUGUGUACGCUUGCAUGUGACAGCAUGUGUGUGGAAGUCCCUCGGAAGGCAGUUUUCCUUGACCCUUGUGUGUUCUGAGGAUUGGUCAGCAUGGUAGUAAGCACCCUUUCCUGUUGACCGUUCUUUCUAGCCCCUUCUCUUCCAUUUCCAUGGACCCCACCCCCUGGGUUAUCUUGGUCCUUCCUGGAUAAUUCACACAUCUAUUUUAAGGCCAGCUGACUAGCAAUGUACUCCCAUCUGCUACCUUGACUCUCUUCCUGCCAUUUAAGGUCACAUAGUCCCGGGUUCCUGGUUAGGAUAUAGAUGUCGUUGGAGGAGCCAUUUAUGCUACCCACCAUGGGCUUCUUUUCCUUCCUCCUUUCUUUCCAAAAGACAUUCAUGUGUAUUGUAUUGUCAUUGGCUUUAUUGGUUUCUCUAAAAAAAAAGAUUUAUUUUAUUUUAUUA